CGUCUGUCUAUCGACUCUCGUUUUGUAAAUUAAAAAUGGCGUAUAUUUAUGACCAGUUUGUGAAACAUCGAAAGUGAUAAAAUAUAUAGUUUUAACAGAAAUUAUCGCAAGUUGCGAUGGAAAAUGUCAAGAAAUGUUGUAUGAUCGCGUGUUCAAACGAUUCUACAAAAAAUAGUACAUAUCUUUUUGGAUUCCCCACGGACUUCAAUCUAUGUAUGUCAUGGGUUCAAAACAGUGGACAACCACAAUUUUUUGAAGAUUUUGCUUUCGGAGGGGCUCAGCCUUUUCUGAAUAGAUAUAUUUGUUCAGAUCACUUUUCUGAAAAAGAUUACAUUGAUGCCAAAGACAAGAGCUUGGGGCUAUUAAAAGGAGCUAUUCCCGAUUUGAACUUAUCUAUAAGCCAAGUUAACAUAAAAGAAGAAUGUCUAGAUCCAGAGUAUGCAGCUGGCUUGCGUGUGAUAUCACAUAUAGAAUUACCAAUACAAAUAAAAUUAGAAAAAUCGGAGACUGACAACUGCGAUGAUCUGAGCUAUAAUUACUCGUUUUCUUCAAAUGAUGAUUCUGAUUUCAUAAAAAGUGAAGAUCCUCUCAGCGAAAAGGAUGCAGAGGAAAUAAAACUGAGUAAUGAUUUCUUCAGAGAUUAUAGCAAAGCUAGAAAAAGAAACAGUAGGAGAGGAAAUGAAAGUGAAGAAGCACGGUUGAUGAGAUUGAAGAGAGAAGCCAGGAGGGCUAAAGAUAGACGUUCCAAAGAAACCGAGGAGCAAACUAAAAUUAGACGCAUGAAAAAUGCCUUGAGAGUGUCAUUCCAAAGAAAAAACGAAACUCCCGAGCAGAGAGAGGCUAGAAGAGUGAAGGAUAUGGUUCGUGCCCAAUUGAGGAGGAAGACUGAGACAGAAACACAAGCUAGAAUCCGGAAGCAUAAUGAUGCCGUGAGAGCAGCUCAUCGAAGACAAAAUGAAACUGAAGAAGAGAGAAGAGAAAGGCACAUGAAAGAUAUGCAGAGGGCAGCAAAAAGACGCAGUAUGGAAACACCCGAACAACGAGAACUGAGGCUGAGCAAGGAUAGAGAGAGAAUGUCAAAAAAAAGGAUGAUGAAGAGGAUAUUUGAGCAGAUGAGUCACUUGAAUGAAACUAACGAUACAAUACGAUACGAUGGAAUUACAGAAUGUGACUCCUCCUCUACAACAUUUUCUGAUUCCACCAGUUUAACUCCACUUACGAUGCCAUCUUUGAGUUCUAUUGUGGGACACUGCAGUGAAACUACUAUAAUGGAACCAUUUCCAAAAGCUGUGCACCCCACCAGAAAAAAAAAGAGAGCCAAUCCCAAAUCAUCAAGAGGAUCCGAAUCCUCAGAUGAACCAGGGUCUCAUGUGGCAGUUGAAGUAGAAGCUCAAGAUGGCACCACCAAUGAAGAUGAUAGUAUGUAUAACACCACCGAUGAUUCACAGUAUCAGCAGAAUGUUCUGAAUUUCUUGGAUUGGAAUAGACUUUGCCCGCAAACAGUUAUUGAAGAGAGAGAACUUGAUGCAAGUGUUCAACAUACUUCUGAUUCCAGCAGUAAUGAGAUUGAUAGGCCAUGUUUAGAGGAUAACAGGAUAUAAGAAAGUGACACAAUUUAAAAGAAGAUUUACAGUGAUGCUAAUUUUAGCUAAAAUAUAUUCUUGUUAACACUAGAGAGUCUGACUAAGUUAUGGGUUGAGUGCAAUUUUUCAUUAAAAUUAUCUGAGAUGUUUCA